UGAAGUGGUUAAGCGUCUGCGGGCCCAAGCGGCCUUUGAAGAGGAGGUCCCCAGCAGCUCUGUUUUAUCGAGCACGGUGGCCGUUACCUCCGGCCUGGCUGCCGCCUGCACUACCAGCGUGCCAGCAGCAGAGGGCGCCAUCGCUGUAGGCUCCCCCCCUGCGGCCGUACAUGUCGAGAAAGCGCUCCCCAGAGCAGACGGGCCGGCCUACAGCAGCAACGAUGUCGGCAAGACGGCAGAGGACAAACAGAAAUCAGACACACUCGAGCAGGCUGAGGUUGAAAUAGAAGAGACUGUGGUCAUCAAGGAGGUCAGGAAGGCGCCCAAGGUCGAGGUGACUGUGCCUGAGGUCGUCGUCACUGCUGUGACUGAGAAGGAGCCGGAGAAGAAGCCGGGAGGCGAAGCAGAGGGGAGGGGAGGCGAGGGGGUCAUCCAGAGGGGCAGCACCUCUUCAGACAGCCACAGCGAGAGUGAGGACGAGGCGGAAUACCACCCUCAAGCCCCCAGCGUCUCCGUCGACCAGAUCAAAGAGCUACCAGAGGAAGAGGAGGAGCUGGAAGUGGAGGCCCAGCCUCUGGAGGCGGAGCCAACAGCCGCUUCGCCCUGCCCCACCACCGAAGAGCAGGAACUGGCCCUGAAAGACGAAGCCCAGAACGGCCACCCUGAAUCGCAGUCGCCCCAGGGGUCGGUGGAGGAAGAUGAAGAGGAUGAAGGGGAGCCCAAGCUGAACGGGGACGCGUCUCGCGCAGAGACGGAGGGCUUCCCGCAGGUUAUUUGU